AUGCUGUUCGAUUCGACUGCCCCAGCUGCGGGCUACAUUGCAGCUUUCAUUGACGCUGCGCAGCAGUAUGUCACUGCAAAUCCUGGCAGAGCAGCUUUGUUGGGACUCUUUUAUACGCCGGUUCUCAUUGUUUUGCUCAAUAUCCUUCGGCAGCUGGUUGUUGCCUGA